AUGAAGUUCGCGUACGAGUUUAGCCACCUCUGUGGCACCGUGUACACGCAAGGCAAUGUCGUCUUCACGCCCGACGGCAACGCGCUCUUGAGUCCCGUCGGCAACCGCAUCACCAUGUUCGACCUCAUCAACAACUCGUCGCGCACCUUUGCGUUCGAGAGCCGAUCCAACGUGCAUGCCAUGGCCGUCUCGCACGACUCGCGCCUCUUGAUUGCGGUCGACGAAGAUGGCCACUCGCUGCUCGUGAACCUCAAGAAGGGCAUUGUCUUGUACCGCUUCAACUUCAAGGCGCCGGUCCGCGCGCUGCGCUUUAGCCCGGACGACAAGUACAUUGCGGUCACUCAUGGCGCCAAGAUCCAGGUGUGGAAGGCGCCAGGUCUCAAGCGCGAGUUUGCGCCCUUUGUGCACCAUCGUACGUAUGGCGGCCACCACGGCGACGUGCUCACGGUCGAGUGGUCGCCCGACUCCAAGUUCUUCCUCUCGUCGGCCAAGGACCUCUCGGUGCGUCUCUGGUCGAUCACGCCGUACCCGACGUUCACGCCCUACUCGUUUGUCGGCCAUCGCGACGUGGUCAUGGGCGCCUUCUUCUCCGAGGAUGGCUCGACCGUCUACACGAUCGGCCGCGACGGUGGCGCGUACCGCUGGGAACACAACUACGACGACAUGGACGACGAUUUGGACGACGACGACGAGACGCCGAUCCUCGCCCGCGGCGUCAAGUGGUCGACCAAGCACAAGCACGUCUUCAAGAUGGAGUACGCCAAGAUCGACUGCGUCGCGUUUCACGCAGCCUCGAGCCUCCUCACGGUCGGGUUUGGCAACGGCACGUUUGGCCUCUACUCGCUGCCCGACUUUGCCGACAUCCACACCCUCAGCGUGACGCAGCACCGACUGAGCUCGGUUGCGAUCAACGCGUCGGGCGAGUGGCUCGCGCUCGCGUCGCAGACGCUCGGCCAGCUCCUCGUGUGGGAGUGGAAGUCGGAGACGUAUGUGCUCAAGCAGCAAGGCCACUUUUUCGACCUAAACGCGCUCGCGUACUCGCCGGACGGCCGGCUCCUCGCCACCGGCGCCGACGACGCCAAGCUCAAGCUCUGGGACACCACGUCGGGCUUUUGCUACGUGACGUUCCACGAGCACCAAGCGCCGGUGACGGGUGUCGCGUUCACAGCCAACGGCCAAGCGGUCGUGAGUUGCUCGCUCGACGGCACGGUCCGCGCGUUCGAUCUGAACCGGUACAAGAACUUCCGCGUGCUCACAACGCCCAACCCGGUGCAGUUUUUGUCGCUGGCGCUCGACACGAGUGGCCAGAUUGUGUGCGCGGGGACUCUGGAUCCGUUCCACAUUUACGUCUGGUCGCUCCAGACCGGUCGCCUCACCGAUGUGCUGAGUGGACACACGGCGCCCGUGACGUCGCUCGCGUUCUCGCCGUCGACGACCGAAGAGCUGCUGCUCGCGUCUGAUUCGUGGGACCACACGGUGCGCGUCUGGAACGUGUACCAGAACAAGCCGUUCGUGGAGCCGCUCGCGCACUCGUCCGAUGUGCUCGCGGUCGCGUUCCGCCCGGACGGCAAGCAGGUGUGCUCGGCCACGCUCAACGGGCAGCUCAACCUCUGGAACAUUGCCGACGGCGAGCAAGUCGGGCAGAUUGACGGCCAAAAGGACGUCUCGGGUGGUCGCCACUCGACCGACGCGAUCACGGCCAAGAACAACACGCGCUCCAAGCACUUUACGUCCGUGUGCUACUCGGCGGACGGCUCGGUCGUCCUCGCCGGUGGCCAGUCCAAGUACAUUUGCAUUUACGAGGUUGCGUCGCGCUCGCACUUGCUGCUCAAGAAAUUUCAGCUCACGCACAACCGCAGUCUUGAAGGUGUGCUCGACAAGCUGCACACGGCCGAGCUCACGGAAGCCGGCUCGAAAAAGUCGCUGGACCUCGACGUCGACCCGAUUGACGGCCAGGUGACCAAGGACAACCAACUCGUGGGCGCCAAGCGCGCGGUGGACCCCGGCGCCCGCCGCAAGCACCUCGAUAUCUUCUCUAAGGCCGUGCUCUUCUCGCCGACGGGUCGGUCGUGGGCGGCGGCGACGACCGAAGGCCUCCUCAUUUACUCGUUGGACGAGACGUUGACGUUCGACCCGUUCGAUUUGGACGAAGACAUUACGCCCGACACAAUCCGCGCCACGCUCGCGCGCCACGAGUUCACCAAGGCGCUGCUCAUGUCGCUCCAUUUGAACGAGGAGCCGUUGAUUCGCCUGUGCUUGGAAAGCGUCCCGAACGACAGCAUCGUGCUCGUCGCGCAGUCGCUGACCGACACGUACCUCAAGCGUCUCCUCACGCUGCUGGCCAAGGGCCUCGGCGAGAGCCCGCACUUGGAGUUCUACUUGAGCUGGAGCCUCGCGAUUCUGAACGCGCACGGCCCGAUGCUCCAGGCGCACUCGGUCGAGUUUCUCAGCACGCUCCGUGCGCUCCAAAAGAGCAUUGUGAUCCACUUUAGCGAACUCUCGCGCGUGUGCAACGACAACCAGUACACGCUCGACUACCUCCGCAACUUGAACCAGCUCCAGAUCGCCCAAGCCGCGUCCGCCGACAGUGCCAUGGAGUAGAUGCAUUGUUGCUGGUGUAACCUACCGUUGCGAGCUCCAGCGCGAGCCCACGACGACCGUAUAUAUAGAACACACUGUGCAUGAUGA